AGCCGUCUUCUGAUGGGGAGGAAUUUCCUGAUGAUACAGUUGUAUUAGAAAAAAAAAACUGGGAGAGCAACUAAGCCUAUUCCUGACAAAGACAUAAGACUGGAUAUGGUUGGGCACUUCCCAAUCAUUUCUGAGAAAAGAGGCACAUGUAAGCCGCCAGGAUGCACUGGUAAGGUAUCAGUGUUUUACAUGAAAUGUGAACUUCAUUUGUGUUGUGAAUCAAAGAGGAAUUGCUUUCUAGAAUUCCACACAAAAUAAUCACAAGAGAAAUUAUUUUUCCCCAUACAAGAAAACUAUUUUACUUUGAGUUUUUGCAGAAAGGAUUUUUCCUCAGAUAAAUUGUUUUCAA